UCAGACACCAAGUAAACCUUCCAGCCUACGUAAACCAGCCCACCCCGAUCCGAUCUCCCUCUCCGCCGCCGCCUCAUGGCUGGCACCGAUCUCUCCCUCUCCAGCGGCUCUGCUGCCGCCCUCAACAGCGGCUCCGCCGCUGCCCUCAACAGCGGCUCCGCACCGCUCUCGCCGACCUGCCGGCCCCGGCGUCCUCCUCCUCCCUCGCGAUGAACGUGGCCAGCGUCAAGACACACGUGCCCGUCGUCCUCGACCUCGCCAAGUCCAACUACACCAAGUGGCGCAUGCUGAUCACCGUCCUCCUCGGCAAGUAUGAUCUUACUGACCAUGUCGCUAUGCAGACACCCCUGGAGGCUCGCACGCCGGAGUGGACACGGGCGGACUUCAUCGUCCGCUCCGGCUAUAUGGCUCCAUCAGCGAGGAGAUCCUCGACAUCAUCAUGGCGGACACCCAGACCGCCCACGACGCCUACACCCUCAUCCGCAACCUCUUCCUCGACAACCAGAUGACGCGCGCCGUCCACCUCGAAGCCGAGUUCCGCGCGCUCGUCCAGGGUGAUCACUCCGUCACCGCCUACUGUCAUCGCCUCAAGUCCCUCUCCGACGCCCUGCGCGACGUGGGACAGCCGGUGACCGAUCAGACCCUCGUGCUGACCUGCCUCCGCGGCCUCAACCCGCGCUUCGCCGACAUCACCACCAUGGUCACCAUGCAGGCGCCCCUCCCGUCGUUCCUGCAGACGCGCUCCUUGCUGCUCCUGCGCGAGACGCAGCUCAACCACGCCGCGCCCAUCAACCAGCAGACGUCCCUCUACGCCAACAACGGGAACGGUGGCUCGGGCGGCGGCUCGGGCUAUGGCCAGCCCUCGGGCUAUGGCCAAAACAGUGGUGCCAAUGGUGCCAACGGCAACCGCAACCGCAACCGGCGGAGGAACGACAACUACGGCGGCAACACCGGCAACAUCGGCGGUGCCCCCCGCCCGCCCGUCGGUCCCUGGGUCUGCUUCAACCCGGUCACCGGCGUCGCCCAGCAGAUGCCGGCGCCCACGUCAUGGCGCCCUGCUGGCGGACCUGGCCCAGCUGGCGGCCCAGGCCUCCUCGGACCCCGACCGGCUGCUCCCCGCCCACCCGCCUACGGGCCGGUCCACCACGCCAACUAUGGGCCGGUCCAGCCUCCGCAGCAGGCCUACACGACGAUGCUCGCGCCUCUCCACGGCCAGGCGUUCGGCACCAACCCGCCGCCACCACUGACGCCCCAAGGUCCACCUGCAUGGGACUGCUCCGCCCUGAUAGCUGCACUUCACGCCGCGAGCUCUUCAUCGUCAUCGACUGCCGCUGGUGAUUGGGUCAUGGACUCGGGUGCCACCUCUCACAUGGCCUCCGACCCUGGACCUUCGAACCAGACGCGUGAUAGCUCGCUGCAAUAGCUCCGGUCCGCUCUACACCGUCUCCGCCGCCACACCGCCAUCCAGCCUCGGCCUCGUCGCAUCAUCCAACCACCAUGAGCUUUGGCAUCGUCGUCUAGGACAUCCGGGUCGUAACACUAUGUCACAUUUAUCUAGCAAACUAUCGAUUUCAUGUAAUAAUGCUACACCUUUAGUGUGCCAUGCGUGUCAACUUGGCAAGCAUGUUCGUUUGCCGUU